CCGGCUCUGGGAUCGGCCGCCGAUCGCAAGUCGUGGAUCCGAUUCGAGGACAGACCCGAUGGUGAUGUCGGCGCCGUCGACGAGUUUAAGGUGGAGAUGCCGUCCCCGGAGUCCAGCGGUUGUGCGACAAUACAGCCGACGGACUCCAUUCAGAUCAACGCCACCAACGACUACACCAAACGAUGCGCUUCUCCAUCCUCGCCGUCCACUCAUAUAUCCAUUGGUUUACCACUCAAUCAAAGCAAUCAUACUAUGGAUGCAAACAUUAUGUCAAACAUUGAAAGCAAUAAAGUUAUGGACAAGAGUUUUAUUAAAAAUAAUAACAACAACGAUAUACACGCGACUAGUGGUGAGACAAGCCAUGAAUCAAACGUAAAGACUCUUCAGACGAGGUCAAUAAUGGCGCCAACGAUGGCGUCCGCACUCAUUCUUCCGACGCUUGUGAUCACAACACUGGCCGCUAUUUUGAUUGAAUUGGUAGCCAAUGGUGAUGUGAUCGUGACAUUGUUGCCAGUGAACGACCAUUGUGCCUGGCUCACUCCAGCCAUAUUCAAACCGGAACUGGUCCCCGAAGAACUCAUGGCACAGUCCCUCUCUCUCACUGUCGAGGACUAUGUGUCGGCGAUUCAAGUAUUGGUGAAUGAUUUGCGAUUCAAUCUCUAUAUAACAUUAUACAAGCGAAUGCUUGUUAUGUGGAUUGCGUUGGGAUUUAUAAUACUGUUGUCUCUACUGUUCAGCGGUAUUAAAGGAUUACCCCUUUUUGUUGGGGGAGUCAUUUGGCUCGUAAUCAAUGUGUUCGGAAUCUUUGCCACAAUGUAUCUCAAAGUCAAACCUUUUAUGCAAUACUUAUAUUACAAUCCCAUCCAAAAGCUCUACCAUUUGUUGGAGAGAUGUAUAUCACAAGUCAAUGGAAUGCUCUAUAAGUAUAACAUUUUGCUCGGCGUUGACGACAGAGGAAGUCUCUCGUGUCAUAAAAUAAAUCUCAUUUUCAUCUAUUUUGACGUUAAGUACUGUAUUAAAUUCUUGAAUGAUAUGCUUGAAAAUGAGACGUUGGCUACAAAUGGUCAACUGUCCACCACUUCGACCAUCAUAUCUCGUAUGGAUAUAAACACAUCCGAUAUCACGAUCACAGGAACGCAACCCAAAUCCGUGUCUCAGAAGGAGAAAUACGCGGAGAAACUGUUGCUGCGAUACAGCCAGCGCUGGGUCAAGGACUUCGUGCGGCGCAAAAUCGAUCUGAAUAUGCCGUUACACGCGGACUCGGCCGGCGUCAGUGUGGCCCCAUUGCCCACAACGCACCGGCACUGCACGACAUCGCGAUGUCUCUGUCAGUUCAUCGAAGAGCACCUCAAAUUCAAGCCCUUAACCCAAUGCAAUAUUACGGAACUUUUUAUGUGAACAACACGAAAGUUUUAAACUUUUUUAGAGACUAUUUUUCAUGCAAUUUGUUACUGUAUUUGUUUUUCUUUUACGUUUUUUCGAUGUGAUAUUCAAUUUGAAUUUCUAUUUUUAGAUAAGAUUUUUUAAUAGGAUUUUUAUUUUGCAUUUUUCCCCUUUUGGUGUGCCUUUAAAUUACAGUAUUUAAUACGGAGUCGGGAUUUUUAUUUAUACAGUAUAUUUGUUUUUUUUAUAAUACCGUAC